UUUGUUCCACUUGGGUGGUCUGGACUGGAGAAACGCAUUGUAGCAACAUUUUAUUUCAUAAAUCAACUCGUCCAAAGUGUCAGUAAGCACUCGAAGGGCGACAAAGUUGUUGCUUGUACAGAUUAAAAGCUCAUUCAAGUGUAGCCAAAUAGAAUUUAGCGUCUAACGUAUAUUGACGUACUCCAAAUGUACACAAAAAAGUGGCAAUGAUUUCCAGGCUUAAAUAUAUAUAUAUAUAUAUAUAUUUUUUUUUUUUAAAUCUCGAAAGCGUGUCGAGAGUGACAGUAAAAAGACCCCAACGAGCGAGCGAGGGCGACCACCCAAGUGCACGCCGUCAAAUUCUGCGUGAGUGUCAGAAAGAAAGGGGGUCGGAAAAAAGAACAGAACGAGGCUGGUAAAGUGAAGGAAGGAGGCGCCAUUGCUCGGGAUUCGGCGGCUCCGGACGGACGCCCGUGACGGAGAGUGCUCGCGCGGACUCUCGGCACGUUGGCAAGCCGAAAUGCGGAUAUGAGGAAAAAGCGGAGGCAACAAGAAAAGCAGGGGGCGGCAUGAACGCGAGCCGAAACUGCGGGCCGGCGACGGGCGGUCUGGCGGCCCUGGAGUCUGCCGCCAUGGUGACCGUGGCGCUGCUGGCGGGCCUGGGCAACCUCCUGGUGGCCGCCACGCUCUACCGCCGGCCGUACCUGCUGACGCCCAGCAACAAGCUGGUGUUCAGCCUGACGCUAUCCAACCUGCUGCUGGCGGGCCUGGUCCUCCCCUUCGCGGCCGUGGCCUCGGCCAAGAGGGAGUGGCUCUUCGGCGUGGUCUGGUGCAACUUGACCGCCUUGCUCCACCUGCUCGUCAGCUCCGCCAGCGCGCUCACGCUCGGGGCCAUCGCCGUCGACAGGUACUACGCAGUGCUUUACCCCAUGAUCUACCCCAGCAAGAUCACGGGCAACCGGGCAUCGCUGGUCAUCGCCUACGUGUGGCUGCACUCGCUGGCGGGCUGCCUGCCGCCCCUCUUGGGCUGGUCCUCCUUCGAGUUCCACUGCUUCAAGCGCAGCUGCGGCGCCUCCUGGCACCGGGCGCCCGCCUACGCCGCCUUCUGGCUGGCCUGGUGCGUCCUGCCGCCCUUCCUGCUCAUGCUGGCCUGCUACGGCGUCAUUUUUCGCGUGGCUCGCGUCAAGGCGCGCAAGGUGCACUGCGGCACGGUGGCGGCGGACGACGACGGCGCCCCUCCGCGCGGGAACGGCCGCAAGAACUCCGGCGCCUCCACCUCCUCGACCCGCAGCUGGAUCUACUCCGGGAGCCAGUGCAAGGCCUUGGUCACCAUUCUGGCGGUGGUGGGCACCUUCCUGCUCACCUGGGGGCCCUACGCGGGCGUGGCGUGCGCCGAGGCCGUCCGGGGACAGGGCGCAGUCUCCCGCGGGCUGGAGACGCUGGCCGCCUGGCUCUCCUUCUGCGGCGCCGUCUGCCACCCGCUCAUCUACGGACUGUGGAACAAGACGGUGAGGAAGGAACUUCUGGGCAUGUGCUUUGGUCAGCGCUACUACAGAGAGUCCUUCGCCGCACCGCGCCGGACCUCGCGACUCUUCAGCAUCUCCAACAGGAUCACGGAUUUGGGGAUGUCCCCCCACCUGACGGCCAUGUUGGCCGGCGGAGGGCGGCCGCCGGGCCCGGGAAGCAGCACCGGAGACACCGGCUUCAGUUUCACUCAGGACUCCUGUACGGACACGAUGCUGCUGGACAACUUUUCCAGCGAUUACUCAUCGCACGCGUGCGGAAAGAGGAGGAGCUCGGUCACCUUUGAAGACCAGCUGGAGCAUUCCAAAGAGCACGCGGCCUCUGUGCACGCGGGGGCCGAGGCGCCCCGUUCCCUGGACGCCUUCGCCGCGGGCCUGGCCCGAGCCAUCGAGAGCGACGCCAAGCUGGCCCUCUUCGGGGAGCUUUCCGCCAGGCGGCCCCCCGGGCCCGCGCACCCGGACGCCCGGAGACUGCGGCUGGAGAGCAUCGACGAAGGCAUCGUCAAAGACGAACGGAGGGAGUCCGUCCGUCCGUUCCUUUCUUCGUGAUUCAGACUGCUAAAAUAAUAAAACUUGUCGCCCCGGACCAAAAGGCGCGUUCUAGUCAUGUCGUGCAUUUGCCGCGACAAAAUGUCAUCGGGUUUUCACAAAAACCCAAAUUGCUCAGUUGAUACUUUCAACAAAAUGGUUAAAAUACAAGUACCCCGCCCCCCCAGGAAGCAGGUAGGAGAGGUCUGCUACAAACCACAAUAUUGAUAUAGGAAAUUAUGUACAGGCGUUUAAAAUACAUUAAUGAAGUGUUCCAUGAAAAAAAGAAAAUUGUAAAAGUACUUGAAGACAUUUCACUGAAAUGGGAAGUUGUCUGCAGUUGCAUGCAGACUCCAAAAAGGCAAAGUGCUUCUUUCAAACCCCCAAAGUACAUUUAACAACCAUACACAAAGCGUUGGAGAAAUACAUCAAAAUAUCAAUUAAACAAAUUAGAACAUUGAAAAAGCUAACUAAAAAGAGAAAAUCCUGUGGCAAAAAAAUAGGUUAUAGGAAAUUAAAACUGAAAAUUGAUUUUAAAAAAUAGCUUUAAAUUAAAGAAGAAGAAAAAAAAGCAUUGACAUAAAAAGUUUGAGAGCAGACGGCGAGAACCAAAGGUUGUAUUUGCCAUGUGUGGCAAAACUGAUUUUUUCCAUUAGCAUUUUUUUUCUUGCCAUGUGGCAAAAUGGAUUUUGUCACCAAAAAUGCCACAUGGGAGAAAAAAUUCCACAUGGACAAAAAAAUUCCACAUGGCAAAAUAAAUUUUGCCAAAGGUCAAGAAAAAAAGGCCACAUGUCAAAAAAAUAAAUGUUACAUGGCAAAAUCCAUUUUGCCACAAGUCAAGAAAAAAGUGUCACAUGGCAAAAUCCAUUUUGCCACAUGGGGAAAAAAGUGCCACAUGUCAAAAUCCAUUUUGCCACAUGGCAAAAAAAAUGCCACGUGGCAAAAUCAUUUUUGCUACAUGGUAAAACAAAAUGCCACAUGGAAAGAAAUGCCACAUGGCAAAUACCACUUUUGGUUUUCGGCCCUGCUUUUUAUUUAUUUUAAAUCUUAGUAUUUUCCAAAUUUUAGUUGCAUUUUUUAAUUGUGUGUGUGUGCGCAUAAAGAUAUAUAUAUAAUUUCCCCUCAUGAUUUUUAUGUCCUUAUACAUUCCUCCAACGCAUUAUGUAUUUUUUUGUAAAGUGUAAAUUCAGGCAUUAAGGGGUCAAACACUGAUGGACUGUGGAAUUCAUUUUUUAAGUUUUGAGGCAUAGUCUUACCAUUUUUGUGUGUGUGUGUGUGUGUUUUUUUUAACUCAUCGGCCACCACUGACCGCAAUAGACGUUCAGAUCAAAUCAUUUCCAUCCCUCCCAGGUUCAAAAGGAUUGGACGUCCAUCGCCGUCAGUGGCGCCGAAACAAGCUUAAAGGCAUUUCCGUCUUACCUCGUAUGUUAAACGGUACUACUUUAUUGUACUUUUACUACAUUUUAACUUGUACUAUAAAUUUUUUUUUACACAACAGAGCCGUUUUUCACGCAGACAUCUUUCAGAUGCUUUUUUAUUUUUCUUCCAAACGCUGUAAAAGAUCUUUUUUUUUUUGCAACAUAACCUCAACAAAACACCAAUGACGCUAACUUACUAAUAUUGCACAUAACUUACACUGCACUCAUCGCUCGCAUUCACGCACGUGUUCGUCCGACCUUUUCGCGUAUACAUCCGUAAGAAAGUUUCCGUAAAAAC